CGGGCGCGCCGGGUCAGUGUCCGCGCGCGCCACUUCCGACUCAGGCCUCGGUUCAGGUUCCGGGGCGCGGCGGAGCGCGCGGCCCUGUGGGGAAUCCGGCGCCAGGCGCCGUGUGGCCGCCAGGAUGGAGGAGGCCGGAGCGGCGGUGGCCACGGCCGGGGAGGCCGAACUGAACUGGUCCCGGCUCAGCCUGUCCCCCGAGACGCUGGAGUCCGAGCUGGAGGCGCGAGGCGAUGAGCGGCGCGGCUCCCGGGAGGCGCUGCUGCGUCUGCUGCUGCCUCACAACCGUCUGGUGUCGCUGCCACGGGCGCUGGGCAGUGGCUUCCAGCACCUCCAGCUGCUGGACGUGAGCGGCAACGCGUUGACCACGCUCGGGCCGGAGCUGCUCGCGCUGCACGGCCUGCGCACGCUGCUGGCCAAGAACAACCGGCUCGGCGGGCCCAGCGCGCUGCCCAAGGGCCUGGCCCAGUCGCCGCUCUGCCGCAGCCUCCAGGUGCUCAACCUCAGCGGCAACAGUUUCCAGGAAAUGCCCGCCUCGCUGCUGGAGCUGCGCGCCCUGCAGACCCUGAGCAUGGGCGGCAACCAGCUGCAGAGCAUCCCCGCCGAGAUCGAGAACUUGCGGAGUUUAGAAUGUUUAUAUCUUGGGGGAAACUUCAUCAAAGAAAUCCCACCAGAAUUAGCAAAUCUGCCUUCUCUGACUUACUUGGUAUUAUGUGACAACAAAAUUCAAAGUGUGCCUCCUCAGCUUUCACAGUUGCAUUCACUUCGUUCCCUCAGUCUUCACAAUAACUUGCUGACUUAUCUCCCUCGAGAGAUCCUCAACCUUAUUCAUCUGGAAGAGUUGAGUUUACGAGGAAAUCCACUGGUUGUUCGUUUUGUUAGAGAUUUAACCUAUGACCCUCCAACUCUCUUGGAAUUAGCUGCACGGACCAUUAAGAUACGAAAUAUCUCCUACACUCCCUAUGAUCUUCCUGGGAAUCUUCUCAGAUACUUGGGCUUAGCCAGCAAUUGCCCAAACCCAAAAUGUGGAGGAGUCUACUUUGACUGCUGUGUCAGACAAAUUAAAUUUGUGGACUUCUGUGGGAAAUACCGCCUCCCACUGAUGCACUACUUGUGUUCUCCAGAAUGCUCUUCUCCUUGCAGUUCUGCCUCUCACAGCUCCACAUCCCAGAGCGAAUCUGACUCAGAAGAUGAGGCUAGUGUCGCCGCACACAGAAUGCAGAAAGUUCUUCUUGGUUGAACAAGGGUGGUGUGAAAUACUAAAAAACUGAGCAAAGGUGGUUAAAAAAGAAGAUAGAGCUUGAAGUUUACUAGAAACCUUAUCUUCAUUCUGAAUGUCUAUGAAAGAGUCGAGGAUGAUGUAAAAGAUUUUGUUUUAUCUACCCAAUCAGCAGGAAUGAGUCCAGUUCCAUGUUUUGGAUUCUUUGAAUAUAAUUUACUCUGAAUGACAGUUCCAAAUUGGGCUGAUUGUUUGCAAUUUUCACUCUAGGUUUGCAUGAAUCACACAGUAGAAUGGUACACUCAGAAGUGCACUGCUAUGAAAGGCCAUGAGUAUGAGUAGUGUAACUUGUAGCAGUUGAGAUGAAGAAUGCAAGAAGUUAUCAAAGCUGUAGUUAUUAUCAGAGUUGUCCUAGGGUUUAGGUUGAACCAUUAUCAGGAUUAGCCCUCCCUUCUUAUAUUGCCCAUAUGUUUAGAUUACACAGCUAUUCCGAUAAGCUCACACAUGGUUACAUAGGACCUAAACUUUUUUGACCAACUAACUGGUUAAGUAAGGGAUAUAACUUUUAAGUGGGAUAUUAAAACUCUUCAGUUCUUCUCCUUUGUUCUAUAUGAUUGUUAUUAACAUGUAAUCCAACAAUAACUGUUACAGUGCCUUAAUCCUAGCAAGGAUAUAGAAAUUUAUUCAAGAAGUAAUGUCAGAGCAACCUGAAACACAACAUACUAUACAGAACACUUUAAAACAUGCUUUAACAGAACUAGGUCAACAACUGUAUAUCCAAUAUCUGAUCUCAUGCAAUUUUAACUUCAUUUUUUUUGUUCAAAUGUAUAGUAAUCCCUUCUAAGCACAUCACUUUUACACUUAAUGGGAGGGCACAAUCUUAAUCUUCUCAUCAUAAGACAGAAUAAUAGUUUUUGACAGAAAAUUCUGGAAGAAAUGUAAGCUAGGAAAGCUGCUUUAUAUCUUGCAUUAAGUGAGUGGAGGGGAAAAAAGUGACUCCUUUGCCUAUGUAGUCUGCUGAACUGUAACUUUCCCUACAUUUAAAAGAGAAACUAUUGAUAAUAUGACUAGAAAAACAUGGCAAGAAGCCAAAUAAAAUUAGAGAAAGGAGUCAUUGUUUAUAUACACAAUAGAAUAGUUUCCAAAACUACUUUAGCCAUGGAAUACUUUUUAAAAAUACAGUAUUAAUAAAAAGUAGAAAAAAUAUAUUAACUAUAUUGUAUCCUUAAAGUAUAGCAGAAAAAUAGUUUCACAAAUUAAUUGCCAUUAGAAAUUACCAAAUUUUUAUUAACUAGCUUAAUAUGCAAUAAAUGUUGAAUAAUAUAGCACAACUAUAAGUUGAUAUUAUAAAAUACACAACAUUUACUAGUAAUCAUUAGAUAACCAACCUAUAGUAACAUAAUGUUUUGUUGGUAACUGCUAAAUAUACAAUAAUAUGCAGAUUAGACAAGUAUUAGAACAUCAGAUGAUCUCUUUGACUUCUGACAUUCAUGACUGAGCACAUCAUUUCUUUUUCUUUCUUUACUUUUUUUUUAACUGUCAAGAUCAUUAAGUACGAGCACAUCAUUUCUUAAAGGUAGAUUGUUAUAUAAUAAUGAUAUAUAUGUGUAUUAGGAUUUUUCACAUAUUAUUGUAGAAGAAACUGUAGUAUAGGAUAAUUCAGGGAUUAUGUGUUUAUUUGUAUGUUAAUUCAUGAAACAUGAGAGUUUCAUGUAAUUCAUGAAACAUGAGAGUUUCAUGUAAUUCAUGAAACAUGAGAGUUUCAUGAACUGCAGUUGUGAAACGCUGCUAUAGAAUGAAUCCCUUCCCCUUUACCUUGUUAUAAUGUAGUAAUUUUUUUUUUUGGUUCAGAAAUUUUCUGUCUGUAGAAGUAAUGUUUCUACCGCCUAGCAAAGUAGUACAUGAGUGCUUAUAUCAUAAAAUAGAAGUAAUAAAGUCUUUGCUUACUUUUCCAUGUGAGCCACAGCAUGCUGCAAACUGCAUAAUUAUGAAAGGUAAAGAUGACUUAGGCUAUGCCUAAGUGACAACCUAAAAUGUUUUGUAAGUGACUUAGUUAAGACACAUAAAAUAUUUUAAUAGAAAAUAAUGUAUUCAUAGUAAAAUACCUAAAUUGAAAGGACCAAAUUUUUCUGGCUUAAAUUCCUCUGCUUAUUUAAACAGAUUACCAGCUUCACCUAAGUAACAUGUUGAAUAGUCUUCUAAGAGUUAAUCUUUGUAAAAUAAAUUGGUAGGUAUGUAAAUAUAGUACUUAACCUUACAUACCAUUUCCAGCUUCCUAGAAAGAAGUUAUACUGUUUCAUCUUUUACAGAUAUAAAUAGGUCCAACCAGAAACAGUUUCUAGCCUUUGCUGUGUAUUGUAAAUGUAUACCACAGUGUUCUUUCAACAAAAUGUGGUUCUGCGUACUGUUGAAAAAUCUAUGAUCAAUGUGCAACUGUCUUUGGUAAACUUUUAAUGAAACCUACAUUUUAACUGUUAGCGUUAUCUUUUUAAAAAAUCUUGGACCUAACCUUUUAUAAGAGCUGCUAAUAAUCUCUAAGAUUUUCCUGUUUUCUUUUCCCCACCUUCCCUUUUUGUAUAACUGAUGAUUAUAGAAAUUAAUCAGAAGGCGCGAAAUAAGGGACUUGAUUGAUAAUCUAGAAACCAUAUAAUCAGCUCUCAAUCAUAUAGCUGACUAUGUACUUAAAAUGACAGUCUCUUUAGUUCCUAAGUCACAUGUUUGUGUUUAAUUACAGUUAAACUUUAAUUGGGCUUUUAAAAAGACAUUUACAGAAUCAGCAAAGUCUAAAUUUCAUAAUGAAAUACGUUUUAAUGCCACUCUACUUGGACAGUUUUAGUGACCAAAACUGUGACUAAAACUACUUAAGCAAAACAUUAAUAUAUUUAGAAUGGAAUUCUUCACUGCUAAUAUUUGAAAUUGGAAUGAAUACAUUAUACAUUUCCUAGUAGUCUUUAUUCCUAGAAUCCAUUUAUCUCAGCAUCACCAAACUGAGUUGGUGAGAUAGUCCUAGGAUUUCAGAAAAUAGGAAAAUUGGUUAAUACAAUAUUUUGAUUCCAUGGUGCCAGGGAUUAGCUGACACAAGGACCAGCUGGUCAGGGUUCUCACUAUUCCUGUAUUUUGAAUAGUGGAGGUAGGUCCAAAGCUGACUGGUCAUAUUUUACAUCUAAAUGUGUGCUGAAGAGGUGUUAUUGUACAAUUUUUGAUAUUUAGAACUUUUUUUUACCACAUUCAAAAGUAAAGAUUUGCAUUGUAAACUAUAUCUCAAAUUUGAGAAAUUUUUGUGUUGAUGUAAAUAAAAGUAAAAGACGGUCCACAGUAGUGCAUUGUAAUACUGCAGACCAGUUCUACCGAUAUUAUAAAUAUCAGGCUUAAACAAAAGAAGAGAAGGAAAAGGCCGAUUGCUGGAGUGUUAAAUGAAAUCUUUAAAAGCAACAAAGGGCAAGGAAAGAAAAGUCACCAGACUCCUACAGAUAGUCCUGAGCCAAGAAAGCCCUUUAAAGUAAUAGUGAAUUGUUUUAAAAUUAAGUUAUUAAGUGGCCUACUGACUACCGUUAAAAGCCUUUAUCACUAAAUUUAUUCAGCCUCCGCUAUUGGUAAAUUAUCCACAUUCCUUCAUAAAGAAGGGCCAGCAAAUAAUAGGAUUGCCUUACAGCCAACCUUGCUCUUCCCAAAGGGAGAAAGUAAUACCUCAUUAACCUGGAAUUUGUGGCGUAGCAGGUAGCCUAGGUUAAUGUUUACUUUUUCAGUAUGUAAAAAAGUAAGAACACUAAGGAAAUAGUGCAAAUAAAGUUUGACCUUUUAAAGCAUUUUAGCAAUAGCUAUUUAUAUAAAAAGUUAGUGGUAUUUUUCCUAAAUAUUCAUAACAACUUUUGUAGAUAAAACUUUUAUCAAUUAUAGCAUGUAUAUAUAAGAUUAGUUAUGCUACAUUUAGAAGUACCUAAUUUUUAGCUAAAUGAUCCCCUUUCUUCUCAUCCAAAAGUAGAGAUUUUAGGUCAGUAUAAGUAUUACUCCCCAUUUAGCUUGAAAUAAUGAGCUUUUAAGUUGUGCUCAGCAUUUAAUAACACUAAAGGCUAUUAUAUAGGUUUUUAGGCACUGUGACCUGUAAUAUGCAGUUCUGAUUCCCUCUGUAUUGAAAAAAAAGUAUUUGACCUUCACUGUUUCUAUAUUAAGCACUAUGCCUUAUAUAACAUUAAUGAAUACCUUAUAUACCAUUAAUGAAUUUUAUAGCAUGCAAUUUUGUAUUUUUAUUGUAAUCAUGAUCUUUUUAAAGGUUGCAGUGAUUUCAGUUGUCAGAAAGUAUGUGCCUUAAAUCCUCCACUGUAAACCCAAAGUUUGGGCAUGAUAUCAUUUAAUAAGUUGUUUGUGAUAGCCUUGUGACCUUUCGAAUUUGACUUGAAUGAGAAAGACUGAUGCUAAGAGAUUCCUUCCCCUAAAAUGGCCUAAUGUGUAUGAGUCUAGGGCUUCUUGGGAGUGAACUUCAAUCAUGCAAACUAUCGCAGAAGAUGAAAGCCAUAAGGAUCAGGGUCCCCUGAAAUAAAGUCAGUGAAAAGGUAUAUUCUCUUGUAUAUUACUUUAUUUUUAAAAAUUUAACUGGUGCCACCAAAGGAUGACAUAGCAGUUUCUAAUCAUCUUCAUACUUAUAUCAUCAUAUGAAGAUGUUGUUAUUAUGAGGCCUGCCAUAUCUUGUAGUCUUUGUAAUAUAGGUUGAAAGGGGGAUAUGUUUAAUAUUUUUGUAUGCAAAUAUCCCCAUUCUUUGUCUAUCUCUCCUUGGUCCAUAUUUACUAGGAUUUGUUGUAAAAAAAAAUAAUAGUUUGCUAACAUUACAUGUUAUUGAACACUCACAGGGUAAUAGUGAUUUGGGUGCUACUAGACUUUUAAUUAGCAUUGGUCAGUCUCAAUUCUUAUAAGGGGCAGUAUUCAAUCUAGUAAAUAUUAAAAUCUAUUAGUUUAAUGAAGGUUAUUUAUAAACUGUCAUAUUAGAAAGCCAUAGUAGAAAGACCAUCUGCAUUCACAGAACUUAAUUUGUUCCUUUGGCUACGAAUACAUUGGAUAAGCCUUUUUUGUAAAUUCCAGCUGGGGGAAGAUCCUGGGAUAAGAUUGAUAUUGCAAAACUUUAUAAAAUUGGUUAAUUCUGUCUACAAUUGAUGUUUAAGAGAAUCCUUUCACUAACGUAAAUGAUUCACAUUGAUGUGUUAUUGAGAAAGAAUAUUAACCUCAACAGUUACUUUGUAACAAUCAUGUAAAGACUUGUGUGCCAGCAGUUGAGGUUCAUUGCAUUUCUGAGCCCACUUUGUAUGAAAAACAAAAACAUAGUGGGAGAAAAAUUUUAAAUAACCAGUAUUUUAACUUUUCAUAAAGUUUGGGACCUCAAAGGAUAUUAAAAAUAUAUUGACUUUUACUUUGAUCAAGUUUUUAUGCUCUGAUUUCUUAAUUUUCUAUAUUUGAAAUCUUGUGCAUUAUGAUCUACAUCUUAUAUAAAUAAUUAUAACAGUGGUAAAAAUAAAUGUAAUUUGGCUACAUUCAAUAAUUUUUAUUUUUGAGAUAAGAUACAGUUUAUUGUAUCAAGGUAAUUUGUUAUAUUACCUUGUAAUUCUAAGUGCUCUAAAAAGAAUAUUUAGGCUACUUCAACUCUAGUGCCUUCCCCCCUGUCCCAUACACACAAAAGAAUGCGAUCUUAUAUUAACAAGCCCUCUGUGAAUUUUGCCUUAUUGAACAUUGUGCCUUAUUUCAUUAAAAGUGUUUUGUUGGAAUCCAAUUCUGUAUUCUGGAAAAGUAACAGUAUUUUAGUCUUGAUUGAUGAGCAUUUACUUUUUAAAAAAUCUAAAAUCUUUACUUAUAAUGUUGGUUAUUUGCCUGAUUACUUGUUAUGUAAUUAAAUACAUAAUGAAGCAUGUAUUAGCAUUUACUCUUUGUGCUAGAUGGAAGGGAUAGAAGAUGAAUUAAACCUCCUAGCAUUCCUUCUGCUUCCUCAGUGUCAACAGACUUAGGGAUGCAUGCUGUAACAAGAAAUGGGUCAGAUCAUCUUGCUUACUAAGGUCAGUGACUUCUUGCAUUUAGUCCAGAAUCAUACAAUCUUAAUCCAGAAUAAUACAGUUCUAAUAGAUCACAUUGAUAUCAUAACACUUAAUAUUGCUAUUUUAUAGUACCAUUAUUUUGGUGACCUUAGAACACCUGACAUUUUUCUAGAUCCAGAAUAUGGAAGAAUAUGGUGGUUAGUUAUGAGUUGGGGUAAAUGGAGUGAGUAGGAAAGGCACAUUCUUUGCAAAACAGCGAAUGCUUCAAAUUUGCUGAGAUAGAAGAAGCUCAGCACUUGCCUGAUUAAUAUAUAGGAAGGCUUCUUGGUGAAGAUAGACCUAGAAAUUUGAGGGACAAGAGAAAACACAUCAAGUGUAACUCCAACCUCCUUCCUGAGAAUAAAAGCAUUCUCUAACCCACUCAGUUCUCCUUAGAACUAGUGCCACAGGAAAAUUUUUUUCUUCACUGACUUCUCUCUUUAUACAUACCAAAUAGAAAGCCAGAAUUUUUCAGGGGAUAUGUGAGUCUUAGGCAUGUUCCAACCAGUCAUUUCCACCUUCAUGAGCAAUUUAUCUGCAAUCCCUAGAGUGUUAGAGCUAGAAGAAUCCUUAGAAGUCUGAAGUUGACUCACUUAUUUGAGACAUGAAAAAAAAUUCAAGCCCAGGGAGACAUGUCUAAGACUCCACGUAGCUGAAUCUUGAAUCCAGUCUUCUGGAUUUCCACUUCAACUCUGUGAACUCUAUGGGAUGCUCCUUCUUUUAUUUAAUAUGCUAUGACAGGAAAUCAGUAUUGAUACUGUGCUAUAACUGGCCUACCAGCAUUGAAGUGAUGCUGUGUUUACUACAUCUCAAUGUAUUCAGAAUUUUAGAUCUGGUGGGAGACCUUAGAUAAGUCAAUAUCUGUCUGGCUCUUCACUAUUUACAAAGCACAUUCAAGAGCUUAUUUAAUACUCAUGACUUUGUGAGGUAGUACAAGAUUUGGUGAAGUGUGUUGGUGUGGCUUAUCUAAGCCUUCCCCUUCCUUCCCCCAAGUUUAAAAUCAAUUGAGAAGUUAACAUAGACCUGAGAUAGAGAUCUAAAUAUUAGCCUUAUCAAAUCAGAAUAUAGCUUCUUGUAUUCUUCCACUUAAAUUGAUUGUUAGCAACCACAUCACAGGCUUCCCCUAAAAGGACUGAGUCUACCCCUAGGUAGUGCUCUAUGACACUGACCACAAGAUGCCACUUUGGGCAGGCAGAUUCAAAGGAUGGCAGGUCAAAUCUUAAACCCUUUAGUGCAGCCCAGUAGAGAAACUUGGACCAAUUAUCUUCAGACUUUAGCCAUCUAGGCAGAUGAACUAGUCUUUCUCCCACAGGAAGGAAAAAGAUACUAGACAGGUUUCUUCUGGGCAGUUGUUCUGAAACCUGGCUGCACAUUAGAACCACCAGAGGAGCUUUUAAAAUGUACAGAUGCAAGGGUACCAUCCUCAGACCAGUUGAAACCUACUCUCUAAAAGUAGAGUCUGGGCAGCCAUAGUUCUAGAAGCUUUCCUAGGUGACUUGGUUGCCCAGCAAGAGUAGAAAUCAGUGCUAGUAUCAGUUCCCUUAUGGUAACUUGAGGUCAAUAGAUUAGGGUUUUUCCUUAACAGAUAAAUAGGAACAAAGGGAUGAAGCAACUUGCCCAAGUUGUCUUAAAUAGUAACAGAGCUGGGACUAGAAUCCAUUUUUCUAUCAAAAACAGUAUUUUUAAAUUGAAUGCCUACUUUAGACCAGACACUGAUUGCUAAUCCAGCGUUCUUUGCUGCUUCAUGUUACUUUUUUCCUGAACUGAAAGUAUUUUCAGAGUAUAAGAUGACAUAUUCAAGUAGACUGGCUAUAUUGAAGCCAAAUGCAACUAAGGCAGAGUGUUUGCCAAAUUGUGGAAAACAAAAGCAGCAAACAGAUCAACUUGACCAGAAGCAUUCAUGAAAGGGUGACUUGGUCAAAUAAUUAGGUUACAGUGACAAAGCAGGGGACAGCCUUCCAAUAUAUGAGGAAAACUUUGUCAAGCUGUGCACUGGUUCUUUUGACCGCAGAUAAACACAUGGCUAAUGUAAGCAACAGUGAACAGCAUGACCUUUCCAGGAAAAGAAAAUGUAGACAUCCACCUUUUGACACUACACUUAAUUUGUAAACAUAGAUUCCCACGUAGGAAACAGUAAAGAAAUUUCAACUCAACUACAAAUAAGCAUUAGGCAUAAUUUCUACCCUAGUAUCUUUUAGAUCUACCUAUGAGACUAUGUGAUUAUUUUCUUGUUUAACUCUGGAUAAUAAUCCAAUCUUAAGAUUUCUGUGACUAUAUGAAAGCUUUAAAUGGAAAAGAAAAAAACUUGUUCAUGAUGCCAUGGGAACUAUAUAGAAAAGAAAAUAUUCUUAAAAUGUUGUAAUGGAUAUUUUCUCCCUACAAUUAAAGGCUGAGUUUUAAAUGC